AUAUAUUUAUUUACCGUUCUGGAUCAUCGUAUUGAUAUCAGACCUCCCUGACAGAGAACUGAGGAGAAAGUACCAAAACUAAAUCGAUGUCGACUUCGACAAUGGUGGGAGCAUCGAGCUCGUGGUCUCGCGCAAUGGUGCAGAUCUCUCCUUACACCUUCUCUGCCGUUGGUAUCGCCAUAGCCAUCGGCGUCUCUGUUCUAGGCGCUGCUUGGGGGAUUUAUAUAACAGGAAGUAGUUUGAUUGGUGCGGCAAUCAAAGCUCCACGUAUCACUUCCAAGAAUCUCAUUAGUGUAAUCUUCUGUGAAGCCGUAGCUAUAUAUGGCGUUAUUGUGGCAAUUAUCCUGCAAACAAAAUUGGAGAGUGUUCCAUCAUCUAAGAUAUACGCGCCUGAGUCUCUUAGGGCAGGAUAUGCAAUAUUUGCCUCUGGGAUUAUUGUGGGCUUUGCAAACCUCGUCUGCGGGUUGUGUGUGGGAAUAAUUGGAAGCAGCUGUGCGUUGUCUGAUGCCCAGAACUCAUCACUUUUUGUGAAGAUUCUUGUGAUUGAAAUCUUUGGUAGUGCACUUGGGUUGUUUGGAGUGAUUGUGGGAAUAAUUAUGUCCGCCCAAGCAACAUGGCCUUCGAGAACGGCUUAAUUUACUUUUUUGUCAUGCCAGACAAUUCAAUUUGUUAUAAAAUUUUACUACUCUGGAUCCUGGAUGUUCUAUCUAUUUGUUCUGCAGUGGGAAUACAUAUCCAGUUUUUUCUCGUCCAACGUGGUUUCGGCCCGAGACUCUCUCGUUGGUAUUUUCACUUUGCUUGCUGUAGAAUGAUAUCAUCUGCCCGACCUCCACCAGCGCUUCCUCCGAAAAUGUUGUUUCUCUUGCCAUCUUUCUAUUAGCUUGCAUUCAUUUCAAUAUUAUAUUUUUCAUUUAUAUUUGUAGAGAGAGAGAAACGGAGAGAGGAUCGAUAUUGUUAUCGGAGGGGGAUUACUGUUACCGGAUGAGUGCAAUAUUACUACACCUUUCAUUUAUAUUUUCAUGGUUAUGAUGUAAUGAUUCUCUCUUGUUGAAGUAUAUUUAUGUCUAAUACAAUGGUGUGUUGGUAUCA